AUAAUUUCGCAUGCUGCAACCAUGUUAAUUAAGCUUAUUAACAAAUCUCAGAGGAUAUUUCAAAGAUAUUGCUUGACGCAAUAAGAGAGAUGUGGCGACAUAUCUUAUAUAUCUAUCUGAUAACUGCGGUUUGUUACUGCUUGGAAAAUGGUUUGGCAAGGACCCCUCCGAUGGGUUGGUUAUCCUGGGAGCGUUUUCGAUGUAAUACGGAUUGUACGAAUGAUCCCUACAAUUGCAUAAGUGAACGACUCUUUCAAGUAAUGGCGGAUCUUCUUGUCUCGGAGGGUUACGCUUCAGCGGGAUAUGAAUAUGUGAAUAUCGAUGAUUGUUGGUUGGAAAAACAUCGAGGACCCGCUGGACAGCUUUUAUCGGAUCAUAAACGGUUUCCAAACGGAAUCAAAGCAUUAUCUGAUUAUAUACAUGCUCGAGGACUUAAAUUUGGAAUCUAUGAGGACUAUGGCAAUUAUACGUGUGCUGGCUAUCCAGGCAUUAUUGGGUAUGAGGAAUCGGAUGCACUGCAGUUUGCGGCCUGGAAUGUAGACUAUGUAAAACUGGAUGGUUGCUAUGCUCAACCAUAUGAUAUGGAUCGGGGUUACUCGGAGUUCGGCCGAUAUCUGAAUAGCACAGGGAAAGCUAUGGUUUAUUCCUGCAGUUGGCCUGUUUAUCAGAUAUAUGCGGGAAUUCAGCCAAACUUUUCGGCGAUUCAAAGUCACUGCAAUCUGUGGAGGAAUUACGAUGAUAUUCAGGAUUCUUGGGCAUCUGUUGAGAAUAUCAUUGAUUAUUAUGGAAAUAAUCAGGAUAUAAUUGCGCCCAAUGCUGGUCCCGGACACUGGAAUGAUCCUGACAUGUUAAUUAUAGGAAAUUUUGGUCUUAGCUAUGAGCAAGCAAAAACUCAGUUUGCAGUUUGGGCAAUUUUAGCAGCUCCACUUUUAAUGUCUGUAGAUUUGAGAACUAUACGACCGGAAUUCAAGGAUAUAUUACUCAAUCGAAAGAUAAUUGCCGUUGAUCAAGAUCCAUUGGGAAUCCAAGGACGCAGGAUUUACAAACAUAAAGGCAUCGAGAUUUGGUCGAAACCAAUUAGUCCUGUUUAUCAAAUUUAUUACUCAUAUGCAAUCGCAUUUAUAAAUCGAAGAACCGACGGUACACCUUCCGAUAUAUCGGUGACCUUAAAGGAACUGGGACUGAUAAAUUCUUCUGGCUACAGAGUAGAGGAUCUAUAUGAAAAUGUUGAUUAUGGCAUACUAUACCCGCACACUAAAAUCAAGGUUAAGGUCAAUCCAUCGGGAGUUGUUAUGUUAAAAGCCGAAACCCAAUAUCUGAAAAAUGUGUAAAUCAUAUAACAAACCUUUAAUGUAAAUGUAUUGUUGCUUUUGAUUAAUAAAAUAUAACGCCAAGUAAUCGUAAA